UUUAAAUAAAAACAAAAUCUAUUGAUAACCGCGCUCCGUCAAAAACAUACAAGUGCGAAUGAGAAAAACUACAUACCAUGAAGUCAUCAUUUAUUCACUCCAUCAUCAAAGGAAAUUUAUAUGAUUUGCCUGUUUCACCUUGCACCACAGCUGAAGCUCUUAAAUACCAUGCAACUAAACUUAUCAUCACUGAGCUGAGCACUAGAGAAAAUGAGAAGGAAUGAAAAUAAAACCAAAAACCCAACAGAAACAGACAACAACAAAAUAAAGAAACCCAAUUGCACAAGUACAAGACGAGCAAAGGAAAUAAUAGCAAUACAAACAGCAAGAACGAAUCGGACCAACCUGGUGGUGGACGAGUGAAACGACAAACGAAAACCAAAACGAUUCACUAUUGGAAAAUGGUGAUAGAAGUUGUUGUAUCGUUUACAUUUGUGCUUGAUAAUUUUUAUUAAAAAUUACGAUAAAAUUUCGGUAAAUUAUUAUAAAGUAACAUCAAAGUGUAUUAAGUGAAGUGUUGUGAAUCAAUUUAAUAUAAUAGAAUUGGAAAAUAUUAACGCUAAAAUGAGUGAAAUGGACAUUUUGUGUGGCGAGAAAAAUAUUCCCCCUCAUACGCAGCAAUCGCAAAUGGCGACUGAAUUCACGUCGUCCGCUACCAAAGAAAAUACGAUGUCUAUAAUCACGUCGGAGCCGGUUAAUAUCGAUGCGGCACUCCCAACAGAUGGAGGCACUGAUACUUCCGGGCUCCAUGACGAAACCAUGAGCAGUUUAUGCCCAAAUAAUUCAAAUAGUUCAUUGGGCGCUGGUGCUGGAGCUGGGGCUACCGCUGGUGGUCCAGUAUCGAAAAAUAAGCGUAAACAUCGAAGAGGCAAACCAAAGACGAAGAACAUCAAACCCUACAAGAAGGCGAAUUGGAAAUUUCAAGUUCCUUCCUAUAGGAAAAGUCAAAGUGUUGGAUAUGGUCGUGGCGGUAGCGGUGGAGGUGGUGGAGGUAGUGGCGGUAGUGGUAUGGGUAGUGGAAAUCCAAGUUCGAUCAGUGGACGUCGCAUUAAAUUGAACCGAAGUCGAUCUCUGGUGCCGUACAACACUAAUAAGUUUCUAAUGGAAGAACAUCUAGCAGAGGUGCCAUCUGCUUUACUAACGCCAUCUGGUAGGACUCGCGAUUCUAGUUUUUCUGUUGAUUCCGAAGAUAACUACUUAUAUUCUUUACCUGAAGAUGAAGAGGAGUUCCUGACCAAGGAAUUUGCAAACGUAUACGAGAAGGCAAGGGUAGAACGUUUAGAGACGUUGUCCAAGCAACAACUCAUCGAAGAGUGUUUGCAAAUUGAAGAUAGGUAUUCCGAGCAAGGUGCACAAAGGCAGCAGCAGAUAAAUGCGCAAAGGUUAUCUGCCGAGUAUUUAAUUAGAAUAAGAUCUUUGGAAGAGAAAGUCCGAGACCUAACCAAGGAGAAUAUUGAUCUGCGCAGACAACUGACUGUAACCCAGCGUCCCACACCAAUGGAUUCAUCAAGUGAGGACAGCGAAAGUGACAGCUCCAGCAGUAGUGGCAAAAGCUCAUCGUCAUCUAAGAGCUCGCUGAGUACUUACAGUUCGCCCGGUGAACUGAAAAAUGAUAUUCAAAUGGGUGAUCCAUCUCUCAGUGCAGAAGAACAUCAAGAAAUUGCGAAUGGAGUUUCCAACUGCAAUGGUUAUCAUUCAGCCAACAGCAAUACUCCAUCGUCUUCCCCCUCACGGCCAUCAUCACCAACAUCUCCGCAGCAGUCGCGAAGACAACUUGAUUCCCCAGCAUCUCAGUCUACUGAUCCGUAAAUCCCUCCUCCCAUGGACUCACAUGAAGAGCAUUUGAUAAUGAAAAAAAUAUUAAGUAUAAAUAUUGCAUAGAAAUGAUUUAGAUUUAUAACUUGUUUUAAAAUGUUUAUUUUUAUUAUAAUUUUUUAAUUAACUCUACGGUACGCAUAUUAUGUAUUUAUAAAUAAUUUUAACAAACUAAAUAUAAUUUUAAAAAUGUAUAUUUAACUUUGAUAGUAUUUAACAUUUGUUUUUAUUUUUAUUAUUACAAUGUUUACUUUGUUAAUUUCUUAGCACAAACUUUUAACUCCUGUUUUUUGUUUUUAAUAUUUUGUGUAUCUAGUCGCGAUCAUUUUUAAGAUACAUACAUACACCCACAUUUUGAGGAUAGUUAUAGUUUUUAUUAUAUCGAAAUAUUU